AUGGGGCUUGCCGACGACCAGCCCGCGCCCGAUAGCGGCCGGAAUUUGCCAGCGAGCGCCGCCCCUACCGUCCUCCCUCCAUAUACCUUCUUCCGAGGCCUGCUCUACGGGUCCCGCGACAAAUAUGAAGCCCAAGUCACCAAGCAGGCUUGCUAUAGAGCAGAGGCCAGCGCUCGCCUUGUCAACAGGCCUCUCACGGAGGGCGAGGCGAACUUCCUUGCCGAGAAUGCUGUCGACUCGAUAGUAUUUCGCCAGACUUUUGCCUUCACGAGCCUUGCUAUGGCCACUGGUUUCUGGAUCCCCCGCGAGGUGAAGGAGUAUAGGGCGAAAAAGCUGGAGCCGGACUACGCACUAGCAUCACGCUUUUCUCGGAGGAAAAUGAUAGGCUUCAGAGUCGUCCGCUCUCUUUUUGUUUUGCAGUUUUGCUAUGCAUUGGGGUAUUGGUGCGGACAUACCGCCGGUACGAUAUACAUCUCUACUAGAACCAUGAGUGACGAAAGGAUGGAGGAAUUCCGCAAAGAUAUUCCAUCUCGAGAGGAGGUACUGAAGCGCGCUGCUCAGCUUCGUUUAGAGACAGGCGCACAGUAUCGAAGAGCGCGUAACCAGCAACAGGCCGGGUUUUCGCCGACACAAAGUUCGGGCGAGCAAACCGAGCCUGCUGUUGACGAAUUUGCGCCGGACGAUGCCGGAUUCGGCGACUCGAAGGUCCUUGGCCAGGUCUACUCCCAAGGAAACAACGCAUUUCAGAGCCAUCCGGCACCUCAAGACAGCCAACCACAAACACCCCGACAACCACCCAAACCAUCUGGCGAAUUGUUCUGGGAUGACGAUUCUAGCCCUACAAAUGCAAAUGCUGGCACAGCAUCACCCUCUGGCAGCGUCUGGGAACGAAUCCGCCAAAACUCCUCGUCUUUGGGAUCUUCCCCUGCUCGUGGAGUGUCCGUUAAACCACCCCCACAGAAGCAGCAAGACCAGCCGGAGUCCAAUGACGGCUGGCAAUCUGUUGAUCCUGGAUCAAUGCAGGAUUCUGGAGACAGGUAUUCGGGCGACUCUAGAACCCAGGCCCAGCGAGACUUUGAUCGGAUGGUUGAGAGGGAGAGGGAAUUCGGAUCUGAUAUUGAGAGAGAUGGCGGCAAUGCUUGGAGUAGAAAAUGGUGA